AUGGCUCAACACACGGCCAGCGAUGGCACGGCAAAGCCACAAUACGAAAGACGCUCGUCGCAACCUGAAAAUCCGUUUGCCGUGUUGAUCCCAGACCAGCAAUUCGCCAUUAUCCCAGAAUUCACGCUGGAAUCUGGGGCAACUUUACGAAACGUCCCAGUUGCUUUCACGACUAGGGGGAAGCUCUCUCCAUCUGGCGACAAUGCCAUGGUCAUUUGUCAUGCGCUGACAGGCAGCGCCGACGUGAGUGAUUGGUGGGGGCCAUUACUCGGCGGCCCUGGCCAAGUAUUUGAUACAUCAAGGUUCUUCAUUGUCUGCAUGAACAGUCUCGGCAGUCCUUAUGGCUCGGCUAGCCCCGUUACGGCAAAAGACGGAGACGCUUCCAAUGACAGAUAUGGUCCCGAGUUUCCCCUCACUACCAUUCGCGACGAUGUCAAUCUACACAAACUGCUGCUUGAUGAGCUCGGGGUGAAACAAAUCGCGGCCGUGAUUGGCGGAUCUCUAGGAGGCAUGUUUGUCCUGGAGUGGGCAUACUUCGGCAAGGACUAUAUCCGUUGCAUUGUUCCCAUUGCCACCUCGAGCAGACAUAGCGCCUGGGGAAUCAGCUGGGGUGAAGCGCAAAGACAAAGCAUCUAUGCGGAUCCCAAGUACGAUGACGGAUACUACAAAUUCGAGGAUCCGCCUUCGACAGGCCUCGGCGCCGCGCGCAUGUCUGCGCUGCUCACGUAUCGCAGCCGCGACUCUUUUGAGGCUCGCUUCGGACGCAACAUACCGGAUGCUUCCAAAGUGCAGACAAUUCGGGAAAGGCCGCGUCCGGCAACUCCUUCCGAAGCCCACUUCCACAUUCAUAAUGACGGUCACGUCGUAAAGCGCACAUCACUAUCUCGUGACAACAGCGGGAACAGCUCCCGACAAUCGCCCAACGGCAAGCAAGUCGUUGUCGACUCUCCGGACCCUCAGUUUACAGGACCCAAGAAGACGGUGAGCCUUACCGGUGGCGAUGAUCUGCCGACGUCGACAUACUUUUCCGCGCAGUCCUAUCUACGAUACCAAGGAAACAAAUUCGUGAAACGGUUCGAUAGUAACUGUUACAUUGCCAUGACUCGGAAGCUUGACACGCAUGACGUUUCGCGCAACCGCGCCGGUACCGUUGCGGAGGCCCUCGCAUUGAUAGAGCAGCCGACUCUGGUGCUUGGAAUCGAGAGCGACGGGCUUUUUACGUUUGCGGAGCAGCAAGAGAUUGCUGAGCACGUCAAAGACGCCAGACUCGAGCGCAUCGAGAGCCCCGAGGGGCACGAUGCAUUUUUGCUGCAGUUUGAACAGGUGAAUCGCUACAUCCUGGCCUUUUUGAAAGAGGUUCUCCCGGACAUUAUGAACAAGGAAGGUUCGGCCACUGAAGAGGUGGGGGUGGGUAAGAUUACAAAGUCGAGCACGUUUGGCGAAGCAGAGGUGGAGGAUAUCACAGCGUGGUAG